CUUUAACAUUGCUGUGUCUUCUUCGUCUAUCUCUAUCAUACUUAUACGUCCAUAAGCACCUUUGAGUACUCCAUUAGAUACUGUUCAGUAUGACCCGGUACCCUGAGAACAACUCUAAUUCACUAGGGGUACUUCAAAAUCCCGAAGCGAACAAAUUUUUUGACAGUGUUGUCCAAGGUCUCCCUCCACAAUCACGGGUCCUCUCUGUAGGGUGUGGAGCAUCUUUGCCUCUUCUCUCCAAGCAUUCCUCUGCACAUCAUGAGAUACAUGGAAUCGACCGGUCUCAGGAGUCAAUCGAUCUCGUCAAAAGCCAGAUUUCGGGACAUUUCAAACUGGCUAACGAGACGGAAUAUGUGCCACAACUUACAUUCAAUGCUAUCUUGGCCAUACUUUCCCUCUCUCAUCUGAGCCGGGCACAGAUAUCCUCUCUAUUUUACAAAAUAUCUGACUGGCUACAUCCCGGUGGCUCCAUGAUUCUGGCUACAUCACCAAGUGACCAUGCCAACCACUGCGUGCAUAGUCAUUCAUUGCAACUGAAUGGGGGAAUGACCCGUUCUACUCUGCUGAACCGCAAGGAAUGGGUGACAUUAUGUGGGAAAGCAGGCCUGACCCUUGAGAGCGAGGUGCCUAUCUCUGUAAAUUCUGGGGAUGCGCACAAGCACCAUACCCUUAUGCAUUUCCGCAAGACCGUGCAGUACUCAAUGCUGGGACCAUACCCACUUCCUGAGUCUUACAGAGGGCCUAUUCCUCUCAGCGAGGCCGCCUGGGAACCUUUCGCCAAGCGGUUAGUGCGGGACGAGUUUGACUUUGUUCUCAAAGUGUUGGAAAACAAUCAGAAAGUACUAGAUGUCGGAUCUGGAUAUGGAAAGCUACCCAUGGAACUAGCUGCAAGGACCGGGAAGGCAUACUCGAUUGAACCAAAUGCUGACCGCAACAGCAUCCAAGCGACUAAUGCUCGCAAUUGCGGGGUUGAGAUCGCGCAAGGGUCGGCGGAAAAUAUCCCUUAUCCGGAUAGCCACUUUGACGCGGUCGUGGCAAUGUGGGUGAUGCAAUAUGUAGAAGACCUGGGGAAGUCGCUGCAUGAAAUUGUCCGAGUGACCGAUCGCAAUGCAAAGAACUCCCGCAUUGUGAUUGUUCAAGGCGCUCCUGAAAAUGAAAUUGUUGAAUUACAGAACACGGCUUGUGCGCCUGUGAGUGCAUCAAACCCACUCCCCAAUCACCAGGGAUAUCUCUUGCACAAGGCGGUCCAGGUUUUUACUGAGUGUGGGUUUGACGAUAUCACGUUUCAUCGGGUUGAUGCGUAUUGUGAAUUUUUGGAAGAGGAUAUCUCUGUCCGAUGCGAGAAGGCCGCAGACGUGGUCGCGGGACUCUGGUGCUUGAAUGAUGAACGCUAUGAAGAGAUGAAACAGGCCCUAAUACCAAGACUCAGAUCUCAUUUCGAGGAUCGCCCACACGCUAUAGGAGACCAGGUUGCCGUUCUAGUGGCCAAACCUCGGGUCUCAAAUUAG